AUGGCUGGCAAAUUUGAAGGUGAGGAACCAAUAAAUGAGCAAGCGGUCGCCAACAUGUAUGGUGCCAUGAGGGCGGAAAUCGACCAAAUUUACUCGAAAAUUACUGAACUAGAGAUGGAAGUUAGUGAGCACUCUUUGGUGAUUAGUGCCAUACAACCACUUGAUCCAUCAAGGCGGUGCUACCGGAUGAUUGGAGGUGUGCUUGUGGAGAGAACCAUCAAAGAGGUCUUACCAGCUGUUCAGCGCAAUAAGGAGGGGCUUGAAGAGGUUAUUGCUCGGCUUAAUGAGGCCUUGGAAAAGAAGAAAAAAGAAAUGAAUGAAUUUGAAGCUAAAUACAAAAUUAGGAUCAGAAAAGCUGAUGAUGAAGUAAUGAAUGAGAAUGGCAGAAAGGAAGGGUCUGCACAGGGAGUCCUUGUCGGUCCUGCUGGUGCAAAUGAAUAG